AGCUCGAACCGUCGAUAUUUUGAACGCAGACUGCAGUGCAAACGCACUUGUAUAAAUAGCUCACUAGCUCUCGCUUCCCCGUGAUCAAAACCCAUCUAUCGUUUCGUCAUGGAAUCGUUUACGCCCAAUGCUUCGGAUAUGGGUGAUAAUGAUGGAGUAGAUACGAUAAUGGAGGAGGACGAGGAACUACGAAACCGGUGGGCUGCCAUCGAGCGGUUGCCAACGAUCCGGCUCCUGAGGACAUCACUCUUUGACAGCAAGAAUGAAAGCACUGCCCCUAGGAAUGGAGAAGAAGGGAGGGAGAAGAAGGUGGUUGACGUUACCACGCUCAGCUCCCUCGAACGUCAUCUGUUCAUCGAGAGGCUCAUACAGCACAUCGAGACUGAUAAUCUACGCUUGUUACAGAAACUGAGGGAAAGGAUAGACAGAGUGAAUGUGAAAUUACCUACUGUGGAAGUGAGGUACAACCAUGUCUCGGUGGAAGCAGACUGCGAGAUCGUGCGAAGAAAGCCGCUUCCUUCACUGUGGAACUCUCUCUCAAGCUUGUUAUUGAUUCCCGCAAGGACAGUACCAUGCAAAUCUCAGGCUUCCAAGAUAAGAAUUCUCAAAGAUGUCAGCGGAAUCAUCAAACCGUCAAGGUUGACUCUUCUACUUGGCCCUCCAGGAAGCGGGAAGACUACUCUGUUAAAAGCUCUGGCUGGAAAGUUGGAUCAGUCACUUAAGGUUACCGGAGCAAUCACUUACAACGGCUACAAUCUAGACGAGUUUGUCCCUCAGAAGACGUCUGCUUACAUAAGCCAACUUGAUCAACACAUACCUGAAAUGACGGUGAGGGAAACCAUCGACUUCUCAGCACGCUGCCAAGGUGUCGGAAGCAGAGCAGAAAUAAUGGCGGAAGUCAGCAGGAGAGAGAGAGAAGCAGGAAUCAUCCCUGAUCCCGACAUCGACACUUAUAUGAAGGCAAUUUCUGUGGCAGGACAAGAGAGAAAUCUUCAGACAGACUAUGUCUUAAAGAUACUUGGGUUGGAUAUAUGUGCUGAUAUAAUGGUUGGAGAUGCACUGAGGAGGGGCAUUUCAGGUGGCCAAAAGAGAAGGCUGACAACAGGAGAAAUGAUUGUUGGUCCAAUGAAGACUCUUUUCAUGGACGAAAUCUCGACGGGAUUGGACAGCUCCACAACCUUCCAAAUAGUAUCCUGUCUUCGGCACUUGGUGCAGCUCACAGAUGCAACAGCAUUUGUCUCACUCCUUCAGCCACAGCCUGAAACCUUUGAUCUGUUUGAUGACGUAGUAUUGAUGUCCGAAGGAAAGAUUGUGUAUCACGGCCCUCGAACCUAUGCACUAAAUUUUUUUGAGGAAUGUGGCUUCAAGUGCCCAGAGAGAAAGGGUGUAGCAGAUUUCCUCCAAGAGGUUAUAUCUAUAAAGGAUCAAGCACAGUACUGGUCUAGCACUGACAUUCCAUAUAGCUACAUAUCGGUGGAUCAUUUCUCCGAUAAGUUUAAGUUGAGUCACAUAGGGGAAAGAUCAGACCGUGAACUCUCAGUCCCUUGUCAGAAAACUCAAUCUGAUGACGGUGCUUUAUCCUUCAGCACCUACUCACUAAGCAAAAGGGAAUUGUUUAAAGCCUGCAUGGCCAGAGAGUGGCUUCUGAUGAAACGGAACCGGUUUGUGUACAUCUUCAAAACAAUGCAGCUUGUGAUUACUGCAUUCCUAGCAAUGACAGUUUUCAUUCGUACCGAAAUGGACACGGACUUGACCCAUGCAAAUUACAUCAUGGGUGCUUUAUUUUAUGCACUGGUCAGGCUCAUGACAAAUGGAGUCGCAGAGCUGCCUCUAACCAUAGCUAGACUUCCAGUAUUCUACAAGCAAAGUUCGUUUUACCUUUAUCCAGCGUGGGCCUACUCUGUCCCUGCAUCAAUCCUGAAGAUCCCCCUUUCGUUGCUUGAUUCGGCGCUUUGGACUGCAAUGACUUACUAUGUCAUAGGAUACAGCCCUGAAGUGGAAAGGUUUUUCCGACAUUUUCUCCUGCUAUUUGCUUUGCAUCUAGCAUCCACAUCCAUGUGCCGGGCGAUUGCUGCGGUGUUUCGCACUGUAGUAGUUGCAACAACAUUCGGUUCCUUAAUGCUACUACUGAUGUUUUUGUUUGGAGGCUUCAUUAUACCCCGCCCGUCCUUACCACUGUGGCUGAGGUGGGGAUUCUGGGCUUCUCCGAUGACGUAUGGAGAAAUUGGUAUCUCGCUGAAUGAGUUUCUUGCUCCACGCUGGAACAGGUUUUCGAAGGGAAACACAAGCAUUGGAAGGGACGUUUUGACCAUCCACGGCCUGAACUUCAAUGGUUACUUCUACUGGAUAGCGGUGGGGGCAUUGUUUGGCUUCACUUUUCUUUUCGAUCUCGGCUUUAUCUUAGCCCUCACAUACUUCAGAGCUCCCAAGGUGUCUCGAGCAAUAAUUUCGCACAAAAAGAUCUUGGCAAGACAUGCAAAGGAAGUUGAUAAGAAGAAUAUUCCAACGGACAUUGAUGCUGAAACUACUCUGGAUAGGAGGAUAGGAAGGACGAUCCUCCCAUUUGAGCCACUCUCAAUGGCAUUCAAGGAUGUGCACUACUAUGUCGAUACACCUCCAGAAAUGAGAGCGAAUGGAUUUAAAGAGAAAAAGCUCCAGCUGCUCUGUGGCAUUACUGGAGCAUUUAGGCCUGGAGUCUUGACAACCUUAAUGGGCGUGAGCGGUGCUGGGAAAACCACUCUCAUGGAUGUGCUUUGUGGAAGAAAAACUGGAGGCACGAUUGAGGGGGAUAUAAGAGUUGGAGGGUUCCCUAAAAAUCAAAGGACUUUCGCCAGAAUUUCUGGGUACUGUGAACAGUUUGAUAUACAUUCUCCUCAGAUUACUGUCGGAGAAUCAGUGACGUACUCAGCUUGGUUGAGGCUGCCUCCAGAGAUUGAUUCGGAAACGAAGGCGGCGUUUGUGGAAGAAGUCCUUCAAACAAUUGAGCUCACCGAAAUUAAAGAUUCCUUGGUUGGCAUCCCGGGACAAAGUGGCCUAUCAACUGAGCAGAGGAAGAGGCUGACUAUUGCUGUAGAGCUAGUUUCCAAUCCAUCCAUUAUAUUCAUGGAUGAGCCAACAUCUGGUCUAGAUGCCAGAGCUGCAGCAGUUGUGAUGCGUACGGUGAAAAAUGUUGUUGCCACAGGUAGAACAAUGGUCUGUACUAUCCACCAGCCGAGUAUUGAUGUUUUUGAAGCUUUUGAUGAGUUGAUUCUGAUGAAAGUGGGAGGACGAAUUAUCUACUCGGGAAAGCUGGGUCAUCAUUCAAGUGAACUGAUAGAAUACUUUCAGGGAAUCCCUGGCGUGCCAAAAAUAAGUGACAACUACAAUCCGGCGACAUGGAUGUUAGAAGUUACUUCCACAUCAGUUGAAGCUCAGAACGGCAUAGAUUUUGCUGACAUAUACAGGAAUUCUACUCAUUACAAGGACACUGUUGAGCUGGUUCAGCAACUGAGUGAACCGCUUCCAGGUUCAAGAGACCUUCAGUUCUCAACCCGCUAUCCUCAAAAUGGACUUGUCCAACUCGUGGCAUGUCUAUGGAAGCAACACUUGUCGUAUUGGAGAAGCUCUGAAUACAACUUAGUGCGCCUCCUGUUUAUGGUUGUAGCAUCGCUUCUAUUUGGAGCUUUGUUUUGGCAGAAAGGGCAGCACAUAGAGACUGAGCAGGACUUGUUCAAUAUCUUUGGCUCCAUGUUUAUCGCCAUCAUAUUUCUGGGCGUAAAUAAUUGUUCAACGGUGCUACCACAUGUGGCAACGGAGCGAACUGUUCUGUACCGGGAGACAUUUGCUGGAAUGUAUUCUUCUAGUGCUUAUUCCCUCGCUCAGGUGAUGAUCGAAGUUCCUUACAUACUUCUACAAACGGUUUUGUACGUGGCCAUCACAUAUCCUAUGAUAGGGUAUGACGGGUCUGCCUACAAGGUCUUGUGGUACUUCUACACUACAUUCUGCACAUUCUCGUACUUUGUUUACCUCGGAAUGCUCUUGGUCGCCGUGAGUUCAAAUCUUCAAGUUGCUUCCAUAUUGGCAUCUGCGAUGUACACCAUACUAAAUCUUUUCUCUGGCUUCCUCAUGCCGGGACCGAAAAUACCAAAGUGGUGGAUUUGGUGCUUCUGGACUUGCCCUACGUCAUGGUCAUUGAGUGGCUACUUAACUUCACAGUAUGGAGAUAUUGAGAAGGAGAUAAUCAUAUUCGGCGAAAAAAGACCUAUCAGUUCCUUCCUAGAAGAAUAUUACGGGUUUCAAAGCAACCGAUUAGGCCUUACAGCUGUUGCUCUUAUUGCUUUUCCAAUUGCUUAUGCAUCUCUAUUUGCAUACUGCAUUGGCAGGCUAAAGUUUCAGAAGCGCUGAUAUCAUGUAUCUCGACUGUUAGUUCUCUCUUGUAUGCAACAGCAAAUGCUUGGAACUAGCUCGUAUAUUAUCAAAAGUUGUUCACAGUAAUACGUGUAAUGUAAAAAACGGUUACACGCGCCAAAUUCUGUUGUUGCCCAAUAGUCUCCAUGUCAGUCACUAUUGGAUUCUGCAAGAGCUUUUCCCAAUCAGCAUCUGAUCAACGAGGCGAUCUGGAGUGGAAGUCUUUUGAGGAUGCAUCCACUACGUGCCCUUUUUUCAAUCACAUGUUGACCUUACACGUUAAUGUGCCCACAUAUCUCUUCAAAUUUGAGUAUUCAAUGAUAGAAUGCCUGCAAGUUUUUUCGCACA